AUGAGCAAAUAUACAAGAGCAGGUCAAUAUGUUAAAUCAAACUAUCCAAUUUAUUUAGCAAAUAAACCAAUUCAUCAAACAUCAUUAUCAUUAGAUGUUAUCGAUAAAUUUACUGGCGGUGUUGUUAGUAAAGUACCAAUGGCAGAUAAAGAUAUAAUUGAAAAAUCAAUUGUUUCAUCAGUAAAUGCACAAGAAUCAAUGAAAAAUAUGUCAUCAGCAAAAAGAAAGGAGAUUUUAUUAAAUAUUGCAAAUGAAAUUGAAAAGAGAGGUGACGAAUUUGCUAAGGCUCUUGUUGUAGAAGUUGGUAAACCAAUUGUAGAUGCAAAUGCAGAGGUUGGAAGAUGUAUUGAUACAUUUACAAAUGCAGCAGAAGAAUCAAUUCGUCAAUAUGGCGAAUCUGCACCAUUGGAUAUUUCAAAGAGAAAUUUAGGAUUUUCAGGUAUUACUAAACGUUUUCCAAUUGGUCCAAUCUCAAUGAUUGCUCCAUUCAACUUUCCAUUAAAUCUUUGUGCACAUAAAAUUGCACCAGCAAUUGCAGCAGGUUGUCCAUUUGUAUUAAAACCAUCAGAUCGUACACCAAUUAGUUCAUUGUUAUUGGGUGAAGUUUUAUCAAAACAAGAGUUACCAGAGGGUGCAUUUUCAAUUUUCCCAACUACUCAUGAAGAUGCUUCAAUUCUUAGUAAAGAUGAUCGUUUCAAGGUAUGUUCCUUUACUGGAAGUCCAGCCGUAGGUUGGAAGAUUAAAAAUGAUGCAGGAAAGAAAAAAGUAAUUUUAGAGUUGGGUGGUGAUGCUGCUUGUAUCGUUGAUUCCGAUAAUUCCGAAUCAAAAUUACAACACAUUGCAUCUCGUGUAUUAUUUGGUGGUUUCUAUAGUCAAGGUCAAAGUUGUAUAUCUGUUCAAAGAGUAUUUAUUCACGAUAAACAUUACGACCAAAUGAAGAAACUUUUAGUCGAAGGUGCCAAGCCAUUACAAGCCCGUAUUGGAGAUCCAAUGGAUCCAAACACUUUUGUAGGUCCAAUGAUUACAGAAGGUGAUGCCGCUCGUAUCGAAUCAUGGAUCAAAGAAGCUGCUUCAAAAGGUGCAAAUAUUUUAACUGGUGGUAAGCGUAUCAACAACAUUUUUAUUGAACCUACAAUCAUCGAAAACUUACCAAAAGAUACCAGUAUCGCUUGUAAGGAAGUAUUUGGUCCAGUAUUCUUUAUUGAAAGAUUCACUGAUUUCAGACAAGUAGUUCAACGUGUAAACGCAUCCCAAUUUGGUUUACAAGCUGGUGUUUUCACUGACAAUAUUCAAAAGGCUUAUUAUGCCUUUAACAAUAUCGAAGCUGGUGCUGUAGUAAUCAACGAUAUCCCUUCAGUUCGUGUUGAUUCCCAACCAUAUGGCGGUAUUAAGGAUUCUGGUUUUGGUCGUGAAGGUAUUAGAAAUACAAUUGAAGAAUAUACUGAGUUAAAAUUAAUGCUUUUAAAAGAUGUUGGUAAUCAAUUUUAAAAAAAAAAAUAAAAAAAUAAAAAAAUAAAGAAAAUAUAAUUAACUAUAAAU